GCUGGGUGCAUGUCCAACGUUGGAGAAAAACCCUUCUGGAAAGGAAGCCUCUUCCAUUAAGCCCAUAUUAUAUUACCAAAUGUAUUGGGCCCGCCCUCCAAACCAUGGGAUUCAGGUGUUCCAAUCCCCUCCAUGGCCACAGGUGUAUACAAUCAAUCCCCUAGGCAUGCAGAUGGCUUCUACAAACAUUGGUGAAAGAAUGGGUCGCUCUCAGGAGCUCAGUGACUCCAAGCGUGGUCCCGUGAUAGGUGGUCACCUGGGCAAUAAGUCCAUCCGUGACAUUUCCUGGCUACUAAAUAUUCCACGCUCAACUGUUAGUGGGAUUAUAACAAAGUGGAAGCAACUGGGAACAGCAACUCAGCCACCAAGGGGUAGGCCACGUCACAUGACAGAGCGGGGUCAGCGCAUGCUGAAGCGCACAGUGCGCAGAAGUCGCCAACUGUCUGCAGAGUCAAUAGCUAAAGACCUCCAAACUUGGUGUGGCCUUCAGAUGAGCCCAACAACAGUGCGUAGAGAGCUCCAUGGAAUGGGUUUCCAAGCC